UGUUGUGGGAAAUAAGCACUGUGCUGCACUACUGGGACAGGGCCCACGUUAACGGAACAAGGGCAAAGCAGACACCGUCCCCUUUCAUGUGGAGAUGUGACAGCAUUCUGCAGGGGCCAGAUAAGCCAGAGGGGCGGACCGGGACCAGGACGAUCAAGCGAGGGACAAUUGUCGGAUUGCCUAGAAGCAGAACCGCCGACAAGACAGCAGCACGGAGCUGUCGCGAUGCGGUAGCUAAAACAUGGACAGCAGAGUCAAGGAGAACCCAGACAGAACAUUUGAUCUGGUAUUGCAUGUGGAAUCUCCAGCCACCAGAAAUGGGGAUCCAACCGUGCUAUGGAGCUUCCCCCAGGACUACACCGACCAGGAGGUGCUUCAGACGAUACCAAAGUUCUGCUUUCCCUUUGACAUGGAAAGAGUAUCCCAGAGUCACGUUGGACAAAACUUCACUUUUGUGCUGACCGAUAUAGAUGGCAAGCAGAGGUUCGGGUUCUGUCGACUAACUCAAGGUUGCCGAGUCUGCAUAUGUCUACUCAGUUAUCUUCCAUGGUUUGAGAUCUACUACAAGCUGCUGAACACUCUUGCAGACUACCUUACAAGACAUCAGAAUAAUGACUUGAAUGACAUGCUGAACUCCCUAUAUGAUCUUCCUGUGCCAAAGCCCUUCACGCCAGUCAAUCUGAGUGUGAAUGAGCAGUUGUAUAUUGCCACUGGGCAAGUACUGAGAGAUCAGCGAAGCAAGGAACCGCACUCCUACUUCAUCGCCCCGGAUAUCAAUGGACUGCCAACUAUCCCAGAGAGUAGAAACCUGACAGAAUACUUUGUGGCUGUGGAUGUCAACAACAUGCUGCAACUCUACGGCAGUAUGCUUCAUGAGCGGCGCAUCAUCAUUACCUCAAGCAAGCUGAGCACUUUAACUGCAUGUGUCCACGGUGCAGCUGCUCUGCUCUUUCCAAUGUAUUGGCAGCAUAUCUUCAUCCCUGUGCUGCCCCCGCAUCUUCUGGACUAUUGCUGUGCCCCCAUGCCAUACUUUGUGGGAGUUCAUCUUAGUCUGCUGGAGAGAGUCCGCAGUCGGUCCCUGGAGGAUGUAGUCAUCCUGAACGUGGACACCAACACACUGGAGAGUCCUUUUGAUGAUCUGCAUAACCUUCCCAGUGAUGUGGUGUCCUCUCUGAAGAGCAAGCUUAAGAAGCAGUCAACAGCAACAGGAAGUGGCGUGGCGAGGGCCUUCUUGAGAGCGCAGGCUGCUCUGUUUGGCACCUACCGAGACGCCCUCCGAUAUAAACCUGGUGAGCCAAUAACAUUCAGCGAGGAGAGCUUUGUGAGCCAUCGCUCAAGCACCAUGAGGAACUUUUUGUCCAUGGCUGUCAACCUGCAGCUCUUCAAACAGUUCAUCGACGGACGGCUGGCCAAAUUGAACGCAGGCCGUGGCUUCAGCGACGUGUUUGAAGAAGAGAUCACAGAGGGGGGGUUCUGUGGAAGUAAUGCUAAGUCCUAUCAGCAGUGGAUGCACACCGUCAAGCGAGGCGGAGCGCUCUUCAAUACAGCAGUGACAAAGGCCAAAAGUCAUGCAAAGAGAGGCAUCCGAGACAUUAAGGGACGACUUAAAGCACGGGAGGAAGAGGAGGAAGGGAUAACUAUCUGUGCAGGGUCGCCCACUAGUACCAAGAGCCUGUCUCCAAGGCGACUGCAAAGGCUGAGAAUGCAAAACUUCAAGUCCCCUAUGCACACGGGCCCUCAAGAGCUCGGCUACGGUCUGGAUGACGACGAGCUGGACACUGCUAGCAAGAUCUCCUCAGAGGACAGUGGCGAUGUUCCUUCAUAUGCGGAGGACAGCGAUGACUCCUACUCUUUAGAGCUGGACAUGGAUACUUCUCAGUCAGGCAAGAUGAACCUGCUGGAGGAGAUCCUGGACUCUCUGAACACCACCACGAUAGAGCAAGGCAAGCUCAGUGCUGCCAAGAGCCUUGACUUCUUUAGGUCCUUUGAGGAACUGGACUACCAGGCCCCGAGCAAGGGUAAAGCCACCGUUGACUUUCAGCCGUCACAGGAAAGCAGUUGUGGUGGAGGGGGAGACCAGGGGGGCUGGAACAUGGGUCAGGAUGACAGCGCGGUCCAUGGUAAACACCUCCCACCGUCCCCACGCAGGCAGCCCAACAAGAGCAGCCUGAAGAAACCUCCCGUACCCCCUGUCCCUGUGACAGAUGAGCAGCUCACUGCCCAUCCCCUACCUCCAGGAAGCAAGCAAGCAGGAGACCGCUUUUCCUAUUCACCCUCGACAUUUCAUCGAAUCACACCCACAACGCCCUCUCCAACUUUGUCUCACGCGUCUUCACUCCCCAACUAUUCUCCACUGCCAGCGGCCCGCGCUCGGACCGUUUCCGAGCCCCGAGCAAGCCCUGAGCCCCCUCCCGCCCAGAACCCGACCGGCUCUACCGGGAUUUUGAGAAGGAAAGUGCUGUCUAAGGAGACGGUGAGGCACUACAAGGAGAAAUCUCUGCAGAGGCUGGGAAGCAAGGAGGGGAAAGCUAGGAACAGCCAAUCUGUGCAGGUUCCCUGGGAGAAAGAUUACAAGGAGGGACUACCGGCUAUGCAGGAUCAAGGCCUCCUGGAGGAGAUCGAGAGCAUGUGCUGCGUCGGGCCUGUCCUCCACAGCGGCCUGCAGCUGUCGCAGGUUCACUGCAACAAUCACAGCAAAGCCACAGAGCACUCUUAACUUUCUACCAGAUGGUAUUACUCUCGAAAUCUGCUACAACCUGCCACGGAUGCAUUCCAUGUCAACACCAGGAAAUCUUGCAGGCAGAGAAAUGUGAGGACCUGCAGGUGGAACUUGGGGGAAUAAAACAGGAAAAACUGCAGGACACUCUUACCCAGGGACAACUCAUGUAAGAAGAUAUUGGCAAUACACUCUACAGGUGCAUCCAAAAAAAUAUUUAUUCCAGUAGUUUAACUCAAAAAGAAAAUCUAAUUUGUCAGUGUCAGAGAAUGAAUUAAUUGGAAAAUUCACUCCCAUCCUUUUGGAAUCCUGAAAUUAAUAUCAGCCGUUAGUACCAAGAACUUUGGAUAUCAAUAAUUCCAAACAGCUAUCUUGGUGCCAAGAAAUAUGUUGAAGUGAUUUGAGGAUUAGUCAGUGGAGUUAAUUUCAACAAAUUACGUGCAGUUUGUCAGUUAAUUGUUAGUUUCAGGGCUCCGGAGAGCUAAGCGAAGGUGAGUCAAUGGUACCGGCUUAGCAUGCCAAUAAAAAACAACAUUAACAGAUUUAACAUGAUCAAAUAAAUUAAAAAUGAAGGUCAUUUUUCGAAAUACCCAUGCCUCCAAAAUAAUGUCACACCAAACUGCCGUAAUUCAUUUCAUUUUCUUCGAUGUGUAAUGUGACCACAAUAGAGAGGAGUGCUUAAACUCCACUCAUGAUCAGUCUGCUGGGGAGUCCCUUUUGUUCCCACAAAAAAAAAAUUCAGCGGUGAAAAAACCGAUGUGAUAUCACUCUGCCCUGUUUGCUUAGACCCCUAGUUCCCUGCAGAUCUGCUGCAUUACAAAUGUUGCUGUUCAUUCUACAAUGACACGCAAUGGUAAGUUUUAAUAACUUUAUCCAGAAAACAUAGCCAACACAAUUCAUUGCAUGGGUCAUCUGUGAGCCCUAAAACUAACAAAAUUGCACAAAAUUUGUUGAAAUCAACGCCACCGACUAAUUAAACCCCCAUUAGCUGGAAGAUUAAGCCUCAUAUAAAAAAUCCUGAACUUCUGCUUUAAGCAGCAAAACCAAAAUUUAAAAAAAACUGAAGAAGAAAAAGAUGUUAGGCAGAAAGAUUUAAUUGAUGAAAAAGCUCUUCAUUAUCUAAAUUAACAUCAUCAACAUGCUGAGUUGCAUCUUCCUCAUUUAUAUGCAACCGACCUUCAAAACUCCAUGUCACAGUCCCACUGGUGUGGUCAAAGCAUAUCUAACACAACAAAAAACACUUAACAUCAGGUGACUACAAUUACAAAAGAAGAAAAAAUAACAUCAACUUUAAUUAAUGCUUGCAGCAGACAGUCCUCUGUAGGUCCCAGUAGUAACUAAAGGCUGAUUGCUGUCAGUGCUUCCCUAGCAUACCGGCCUCGUCUCAGCAUACUGUUUAUGUCAGUUGGUUUUAAAUCUUUAAAACCACUCAUGGUUAGCCUUUACUUGCUCCUAUAUGAUCACCCCAAGCAUUCAAUGGAAUCUACAUUGGCGAUAAAAUUCUGAGUGCUAAAUGAAAACAACUAGCCGUGCGUCAGUGCUAGCAUAGCAACAAACUGGAUAUCUGUCCUUUUUACUACUGUCUCACAAACAACAGUAAGCCUGAAAUAGUUCUUCUGUAAUGGCAUCAAGCAUCAGACGGAGCCCCGUUCGCCAAUAAAAUCGCCAGAAUGUUUAAUAAAGUCUGACGAAGCAGCGCCCGGCCUCAAAGCAAAGUGAGAUGAAUAACAACGCUACAACAAGAAAGCAUGAAGUUUGGUAGCCCAUAAAAAACUAUAAAGAUCUCACUCCAUUGUUAAAGGGAACCACGGAUAGAAAGACUUGUAGUUCUUAAACGUUAUCAUGAGUUAAAACGAUUUGAUAUUAAAACCCCUCUUGAUGUUUUUGUUGUUAUACAAUUUGUAAAAUUUGUCAAACUAGUAGGUCACCACUGUUUUGACGUUGCAGGGCGGUGACGUCACUGAGUUACGCUGCCGCGAUUCCAAACUUCCACAGUAUAUCUCUAGCAACAUAAACACGUCAUCUGUUCAGCUCUUUCAAUUUGAACCCCGGAGGAACAUUAAUGAGCAUGACAGCAAUGUCAAUAUUUCACAAAAUGCGCAGCAAAAGCAAAACAAACAGGAAAGACGGUAUGAGACGAGACAAGAGUAGGACAAAACCGGUGUUCUGCCAAAAUGUGCUACACUGGCGAAUUGUCUACACGAAGCGAAUUUGACAAAGUACUACCGUGCGCUUUCAGCUUCUUUUGUUGAAAUGCAUACAGACAGAACAUACUAAAGAUGCCUUAAGAAAAUACUUAAACGUAGUAAUAUCAAAUAAGGCUGGUUUAAAUACGCUAUGUGAUUAAUGUGGUCAACAGAUCAACAAUCUGCUUUUAAGCUACCACAAGAAAACGCAAUGUUUAAAAGUAUGAGAGGGAAACAGAUGCAAAAAGUAUUUUGAGGCAAUGAAAAGGUAAUAAAAGACUCAAUAAAAUCACGAAUAGUAAGUACUCGCCGCUUUUAACCGUUUUGCGUAUGUGUUGGACGUCUCGUCGUGUUGUAGGAAUUGCAGAACACCGGAAGUGUUCGUCCAGUCACGGUGACAAACUACGUCAUCACCCCGAGCGUCCAUUGCGCACAUAAAACAUAGCGCCCUCCGUUGGUCAAAACUAGACUAAAUUUUGUAAUUUUUAAAUCGAUGGCAAUAUUUUAUCUGCUUCUAAUAACAUAUUUUAGUAAGAAAGAACAAUUGUGGCUUAUUAGAGCCUACAAGUCUUUAUAAGUUCUAGGUUCCCUUUAAAGCUGUAAGAUUCAACGGGAGACAAAAUGUUGAAACUUAUAGCCCAAAAUAUACAGUACAUUUAGGCUACUUGCGUGUUUAGGAAAUCUUGAUGAGAUUGACUUUUUGAAUUGAUCUACUGUAAUGAAUAGCAUUUUUUAUCCAAUUCAAAUUGAUUGAGAAGCACCAUUUUAUGAACAGAAAUAUUGGAACACCAAUAGAUCUACAGAAAGUGGAACAAAGUAUACGGUAAUCAAUCCCUACUUAUUCCUAUGAAGCUAUUCACUAAAUGGCAGAGUGUAAAUGAACUUCUAUCCGUUCAUCCAUAAGAUCAUCCCAAAGGUUUUCCAGCCAGGUCUUGUCACAUCAAACACAUCACUGUCAUGCUGAAAACAACAUGUUUGGAAGCAGAAAAACGGGAGCCCUUUGGUGGACUAGCAUCCGUGGUCGUACCCAUGUUGGAAUGUUUUUUUUUGUUUUUUUUUUUGUUAAACAGAAGGAACCUCGCAUUGUCAAGUCAGGUCCUCACAUUUCAUUUAAGCAAAGGACAUUUUGCACUUUUUGAUAAGCCCCCUGUUGACAAGUAUUUUAACAAAUACCAACAAAAAGAAACUCAACAGUUCUCAUGAGCCUUCAGAAGUGAUUUGACACCGUUCCUAUCACCAUGCCUUAAAUGGACAUGUCAUUUGUUCCUGUGUGGAUUCCCUCAUUAUGUCUACCAUCUGUCCGAUUGGAGACGUGACUGGUACUUAAGCCGUGGAUGGACACAAUACGUCGUGUGUUUUAAGCUGCUCUUCACAAGUGGCAUUCUACGUAAUUAAGUGGCCACGUAGAUACUCCGAAGGGAAGUCCAAAUGUUAAUUUUUUUUUUCUUCUUCUUCUUUCCCCCCUCAUCCCAUAUGAUCUCUUUUGUGCUGUACUGAUCAUUUAUUUGUCUUUUGUGCUUCUCUCUCUCUAUAGAAAACUGUUUGAGCACUUAUACAACAUCCUUAAGAUUCAGAAAAAGGUACAAGCGCUAGUUUGCUAGUUUCUAUUAGAGUGAUCCCUCGGUACUUUGCGCCCUCAGUCCAUUGUGGAUUUUCUUUUCAAUUAAAAAAUAAAUACAGAUUAGCCGUCCCGAGCCGAUCAUGUAGUCUCACUCUCCCUCCUGCUGCUCUUUGUUGGUCAGGCAAUAUGCUGGAGUUCCUUCUUAAAGUUAACAAUGAUUGACAGAUGUUUAAUGUUUGAUAUUGCCACAGAUGCCUGAAAUCCAAAGCGUUAAAGCGCCGCAUGCGUCAAACAUUGUUUAACUUGUUAAACAGUUGCCGUGGCAACUCAUUGUGUGUAAGUGAGCAGCUUGAGCGGAUUUGAGUGGACUCACUCAAUAAAGCUGUUAAGGAGUGUGCGAGCAAGGUGGGAUCCCAAAGCAGACAAGCCAGGUCGUGAUGAGUAAAAAUUUAUUGGCGACACAAGAAGGGAUGUUAAUAGUGCGAGAGCCAAGGCAGAGGGCGGGUGAUGUUCGGCUCAGAGUAGUUUAGCCGGCGGGAGAUGAUGAGGCUCGGAAGGAGGCAGACAGGGCAUCCGACAAUCGGCAUGGAUAAGACAGGUCCUGGGGCAAGAGCAAAUAUAAAGUCAUAAACCGGUAAUAAAAACGAUGUAUCCAAGAAUGCGAGAGGCAGUUGAUGGAAGGAACCAGACGGGUUGAUCGGGCGGCGAGGUGGCGGCGUCCACUCGCUUUUAAAGAUGGCUGAUUGUUAUUGCCCGCACCUGUGGCCGCUUCACCCGUCAGGUGUCCCAACCUGAAAUCAGAUAAAAACAUGCCCACUUGCCCAAGGUGGGUCAGGUCUCAGGAGGGAGGGGCAGAGGCCCUAACAGAGGCAUUUAAUAGAGACUAGCAUUUUUUCUACUUUAUUGUUUUUUUUAAACAAUUAGAUGGAAUAUUACCAUGUUUAAAACUUAUCAUAAUUACUACAUUUGAAGUGCUUAAAAACCAUUUAUUGAAAUAUCUAUAUGGCGGAAAACACUCAGGUGACUUGAACGUCCGCUCUGAUACCCCCAAUUUGGCCAGAUUUCAAAAUUGUCCUAUAUGCAUGUGUGAUACAUCAUUGGAAAACUUAAAAUCUCAAUUUUCUGGGGGAAGAAAACAUUUGGACAGGAGGGCAUUUAAAAAAAAAAAUUUAAACCCUAACUUGAGGUAAGAGCAUUAGAGAUCAUAAUUAAAGACACCGUGAUUUUAACGAGAUAUUAUCGUGUACUUACCUUGUUUCGAUCCAAAAACUCUGUGUAGCAUGUCUCACUGAGUGUCAAGACACAGAUGUGAAUGGCCACAGCCGGACUUUUUGGGGAUUUUAGGGGUGAAACACGGUAAUAACGGGUCGCAAUGCAGAAAUCGCAGACAUCAAGGAGUGGUCGAGAUUUUCUUUUUCAAAUAUUUACCCUUUUAAAUGUUUUUUUUUUUUUUUUUUUUUUUUCCAUUUGUCUUUGUUUGGAUCAAUUAUUCAUCUAAAAUAUCGGGGGAAAUUCGACAGUAACAAAACAAAAAUACAAUCAAGCGAGUUAUGAGAUAGCUAUCCGUGCCCUAUUUACAGACACCAUUUUUUUUCAUUGUGAUGUAAUUUGUUUAAAAGUUUAAAAUAUGUGAGUGAAAAAUUAUAUAAAGUCUUUUUUUAAAAACUAAAUAUUAGAGAUCAAUGAUUCUAAACUAAAAAAUGAUUGACACUUCAAAUAAUAAAUAUAAUCACUUCUUUUUAUGGCUGGGUUGAAACAAAAGCAGUUGCGCAGUGUCUGUAAACGGGGGUCAGAAAAACUAAAAAUAGUUUGGGGGCUUAAUGCACCAUGAAACUGCUAUGGCAGCAUAUAAACAUUGUUUUCUAUCAAACACGACAGUUCUUUUAGCAUAAAAUACGGCAGUUUAUUUUAACCAGGGGUGUCAGCCUUGUCUGUGUUUUCCACCGUAUACAUAAAAAAAAAAUAAUAAUAAUACUUUGUCACUGAAAAGUGACAGAACAUGUCUUAUAUGUAUCUCUUUCCAAUGCUAAAUCUGAAUGAAUACAUUGAACACACACAAAAAAAAAAUUUGGGGGCGUUACUUAGCCAUUUUUGACUUAUCGCUGCGGGUUCCAGUCCCCAUUAACCACGAAAAACGAGGGAUCACUGUAUUGUGACAACUGCACCUUGUACUAGUGCAUGAACCUCACGUUGGAUAUCAAGGAUUUGGAAUAAAUGCAACGACGGCUUUCCAAAUCUCUCAGCUUCCAGUCGCACACUGAUAGUGGCAUGUAUGAUUGUAACAUAGCUCAGACUGUAAGCACACACACGUGACGUGUUAAGUCUGACUCUCCUGUGGAGAGAAAUGCUGCGUGCAGAGGCCCAAACAGAAAAAAAAGCUUUCCCCUGUGCUCGGUUUGGUGCUAUGCCCGUUAUUGUUGUGAUUUAGAGCAGACGCCAGUCAGCCUGGCACUUUAACAGCAGCCGUUUUUCUGUUUGCCGCCACUGCCCCGUUUAUGCUUUGCUCAUAAAGUGGCUGGUGAGCAUUGAAACCGGCAGGCGUCGGUAGUCGUAACUCCCAAAAAAGGAAAACUCCAGAACCGACUCUGCGGCGGCACUACUCAUUGACACGCAUUAAAACACAUCGUGACUAUGCAAACAUUUCCAGCUUGAAAGGUAAUAUGUUUAUGACUUGAAAAAAAAAAUUAACAAUCAAGUUAGUUUCUAAUGGGAAUAAGCCACAUGUCGAGUGUGUGUCUGUGUGUUCAACAGUCUGCGGUGUGCCUUAUGAGAUAGGUACGGUAUUGAGGAGAAAGUAUGCAAUGUUAAAUCGUAAUGUGGUCCUUUCAUUGUUUCAUGAGUAAAAGAAAAACAAUUUGAGCGUCUUUGUGACCAAAUGACCUGAAGUGAACUCAGGCAAUUUCAGACAGGAGGCAACUCCUGCCAUUUUAGUGCUUUUUUAUUUUUGGUUUUAUGUCUUCUGUUAGAUAGUUUUUUUUUAUUAUUCCAUUAGUUUAAGACUUGUUGAAACAUUGUUGUUUAAUACUUUGGUCAAAAUUUUAAAAGGCAUUAAAAUGCUUUCUCAGAGGACUUCAGAAUGAAAAACUGAUAAAAUAUUUUCAGCUGACUAGACAUGUAUUUUUCUUGAAUAUAUUUUACAUAAAUAAUAUAUAAUUGGUGUUGUGUAUUGUAAAUGACACCCAAUUUGAAUGUUUUAGAUAUUAUUUUUGAGAUACUAAUUCAUUAAAAAGACAAUACAAUAAUUGUAAAAUGUUUGGCCAACAGUCCAGUGCUCUUGUUUCUGCAUGAAUGUUUAGUACUUUAAUUCAACCAAACUUUCCUCUUAUUACAGGGUGGGGCAGAGCAACUUGCUUAUUUAAAUUUGCCGCCCUGAAGCGAUGGUUGCUCUACGGAUGGUAGGGAUGGACUAAUUUCAGAGAGUGGGGCUUAAAGUUUGGUUCUUAAUGUGUGUUAUUUAUUUUGUGUGUUUUUUUUUCAGGAACCCUAGUGAGCAUCAUGGAGUGGCUGAAGUUGACGCGCACUUUCGCUGCUGAGGCAUUUUUUUUCAAGCGGUCGCUGAAUCGUAGCAAUGCAACGUGCAUUCCGUAGUCAUUUCAAUAUGGCCCCCGGUUCGACACCAAUCUGGUUCAGUGUUAGCAGGAAACGCUAAUUGAUCAUGUAGACAUAACGGUCAGAUGUCACUGAUACUGCCUGUUCAUUUUCUUCAAAAAACCAUGGGCCAAUUAUGCCAACUCAUGAUGGUGACCACAAAACAGUUACACCUAGUGCGUGUAGAGGACGUUGAUGAAGUUCUCUGGGGUUUUAAGGACUCCAAUAGCGCAUGUUUUGCUUAUUUACAGAUCCCGAAAGAUAGAAGUGAGCCUCAUCACUGAAGAAAAUAAGUGUGUUGUCAGGCAAGCCCAAAAGCGCCUCACAUGCAUUUUCACGAGCAAUAAAAUCACGUGGAUUAAGAAGUUCCUGCACCAUAGCUAAUUUAUAGGAUGAAAUUUGAAUUCUUCAUGGAAGAUUUUUGUCACAGAACGAGCAGACAACCCAAGAGCAGAUGCGUGUUUGCGGGCAGACCGGCGGGGAGAUCUCAAAACAGACUGUCUCACCGCGCCAUUGUUUUGGGGUGACCUUGCUGUUCGUGGGAGGCCAUGUUUCUUUUCGACUGCUCGCCAGGAACACGACCACGGGGGGUAAUAUUGAAAUGUUUAUGGAAUACACGUUGCUUUCUGACGAUUGAGCGACCG